AGAAGAUUUACCCUCAUCCAAGAUGCCUGGAAUCAACAUCCGUAAUGAAGAUCGAGAAAAAAUCAACGCGAAGUAUAUUUGUACUCGCUGUAAUCUCCUCCUUGUCAAUCCAAUGCAGACAAUGUGUGGACAUUUGUUUUGUCAAUCUUGUAUGAACAUUAUACUAGGAGAUCCUGAUCCAAAAUGUCCUGAAGAUCAAGAAAAAUUGAGCCGAAAUGAUGUUUUCCCUGAUACUUUUACGAAACGUGAGUUGAAAAGUAUUCGUUUACAUUGUCCUUCUGAACAGUGCAAAUGGUUUGGCUCCUACGAAGAAUUGGAAGGUCAUUAUCAAGUUUGUGAGCAUGCGCUCAUCAGCUGCGUACAUAAGCAGUGUAACAUACAAUUACCUCGCUCUCUCCUUGGCGAACAUUUGAAGAAUGAAUGUGAAUAUCGAAAUGUAAAAUGUGAAUAUUGUGGUAAAGAUGUCCCGUAUGCUUCACUUAAGGAUCACGAAGAAAAUGUGUGUGAAUAUUAUCCUGUGGUUUGUAAAUAUUGUAAGAAAAAGAUACCAAGGAAAGAUAUUGAACAACAUCAAAGUACAAACUGUGAUGAAGUGCCGACUAAAUGUGAAUUUCAAGCUAUUGGAUGUAACUAUGAUAAAACCAUUAAACGAAGGGAGAUCCGUCAACAUAUGAAUGACAAUUUAAUUGAUCAUGUGAGCCUCCUGUUACGAUAUGUUAUGGCAUUUGUUACACAGUUAAGUAACUAUGUACCACGUCCAGAGUUUACUACUGCUGUUCAAAACAUGGGUGACCAAGUUACUGCUGUUCGUGCAAAUCUUUCAGAGAAAUUUGUUAUGUUAGUGGGCAAACUUACAGGUCUAGAAAGGAGAAUUGAGAAUCUCGAGGCUCGUGGUGAUAACGAUAGUAAUAAUGCCAACUCGUCAUUAGAAGUUUCUUCGAUGCGUGAUAAAAUUCCAACUCUCGAACGACAAGUGAGAGAAAAUUCCUCAACUUUACUACGAUAUCGUGAGCGCUUAGAUCAAAUUGAUGAAUCACUCGCGAGAAACACGGUGAAGAUUACCGACCUUGAAGCGCAACGUGGCUCGCGUGCACUGGGGUCGAAUCAAGCCAUACACAGCUACAAUGGUACGUUACUUUGGAAAAUAGAUAACUACAAGAAAAGACAGGACGCCAUUAAUGGUAUCAAAACAGCCUUGUACAGUGCACCAUUCUACAGUUCUCAAUAUGGUUACAAGAUGUGUGCUAAGAUCUAUAUGAAUGGUGAUGGUUUUGGAAAGGGAACUCAUUUAUCUUUGUUUUUUGUUGUCAUGAAAGGUGAUUACGAUGCACUACAAUCAUGGCCUUUCCAAAAGAAGAUCACAAUGAUGUUAAUGGAUCAAGGAAAUGGCGAUCACAUGAUUGAUGCUUUUCAUUCAGAUCCUCAAAGCUCCUCAUUUCAGCGACCAAGGUCUGAUAUGAAUAUCGCUUCUGGAUCACCACUCUUUAUGCCAUUGGAAAGUUUAAAUAAUCGUCAGUACAUCAAAGAUGAUACAUUGUUUAUAAAAAUGAUCGUCGACUGAGUUUACAGCUACUGGAAAUGAUAUCUCAUACAAAAAUACUUUUCAAGAGGAAGCUAUAUUUCAUGAAAAAUGCUUUUGAAGUGAAAGUUCGAAGUAUGAGAGUAGAUUCAGACUUUCUUCCAAAAAGUUCGAAAGACCAAUGCAAUCACGUUCGUGUGUUAUUUAUUUAUUGAACAACAAAUGCUUAAUUUUGCUUCUUUAAUUUUGUUUAAUUUUUGAAAGUAUAAACUCGUUUAAAAAGAGUGGGGCUUUAUUCUUGAGGUGUUUGAGAUGGUUUGGAAAAAAAUUGGGAUUAUAUUUUUUCGGCUAACAUCACUUCUAUGUCUAAAUCUAAAAAAAGAAUAAGGAUUUUACGCUCAUUUAAGUUGAUAUUGUUUAAAAUCAGCUUUUUUUGAUAGAUGACUUGGAUUGAUAAAUGAUUUACAGAGUUAAAUCUUUACCACCAUACGCUGAAAUGUGUACAAAUUUACAUAGUUUAAGGAUAUAACUUGAUUAAAAGUUGUGUAUAAUCAUAUUUAGACGUGUGAUACAUAAAACUAGAUAAAUUUUGGUGUAAGAUAUAUAUUUCUUGACUUACUAAAUAUACCCAUUAGUUGUGUUACUGAGAGAAAAAUUAAAACUAUGCAUAUUCCGUA